CGUUCGCCUCUUCCGGGUCGGAAACGCCGAAGAGAAUCACUUCCUGUGGCGGAGCUACGUCACUUCCUUUCGAGCUCGGCCCUUCGGUGGUGGGUCCCCACGCGCGUUCAACAUGCGUAUAGAAAAGUGUUACUUCUGUUCCGGGCCUAUAUACCCGGGCCACGGCAUGGUGUUCGUCCGCAACGACUGCAAGGUGUUCAGGUUUUGUAAAUCCAAGUGUCAUAAAAACUUUAAAAAGAAGCGCAAUCCUCGUAAGGUCAGGUGGACUAAAGCAUUCCGUAAAGCAGCUGGCAAAGAGCUCACGGUGGAUAAUUCAUUUGAAUUUGAAAAACGUAGAAAUGAACCUGUCAAAUACCAGCGAGAGCUGUGGAAUAAAACAGUUGAUGCAAUGAAGAGAGUUGAAGAGAUCAAACAGAAACGUCAAGCUAAAUUUAUAAUGAACAGGUUGAAGAAAAAUAAAGAACUACAGAAAGCUCAGGACAUCAAAGAAGUCAAGCAAAACAUUCAUCUUAUUCGGGCCCCUUUUGCAUGCAAAGGAAAGCAGCUGGAAGACAAAAUGGUACAGAAAUUACAAGAGGAUGUGGAGAUGGACAAUCUUACUGAUUAACCAUAUCUAUGAGUGCAUUGGAAAAUCUUCUUUAGAGACUUAGACACUCUAAGUUAUUGACUUAUUUUUUACAUAAGGUGACGCGAAUGAAAAGGUGAUUAAAAAUCCCUCUGUCCUACAUUACUAACUGCAAAACAUCAUAUAAUGUGGAUGCUAGAUUGCAUCUCAGUAUUAAACCUCCACUGACAAAUGUAUUUAGGUAAAUCAUGAAAAUUCUGUAAAUACAAAGUGAAUUGUAGAUAUAAAAUGACCAUACCACUUGGGUAAUGGCACCAGGUAGCCUUUAUGUAAUAACUAACGACAGACAGACAUGACUAAUGAUGGAUAAAAUAAAAUGUUCUUUGCAGUAAAAAUCUUCCCUUUAUUAAUGUUAUAGAAGGAGGGCUAUAGCAAGGAACUAACCAUCUGUGUGCUAAUGAGCUUCGGGUACUAAUAAUAUCUCUUUAUUUGAUUCCAAUAUUUCAUGUUUUGUUUAUUAGCAUCUUAGAAGAACAUAAUGGCCUCAUAUAUUGAAGCCCAGUUCUGCUGGACUGUUUUGACCUGGUUUAACUCUGGAUAGGCAGUUGUGGGUGUUGGGGUGAGAGCUAAAAAGAUGUUUCUGAAAUGGCACUCUGCUCUCUAAUUUCACUGGAGAAAAUUCUAAUUUGAGAUUCCUGGUAGAACAAGCUUUAUUUUUCCAGCCCAACAGUGAUUUAGAAGCAGAGGAAUCCAGAACCUUUCAACAUUUUUUGUGUGCUUUUCUUUUAAAAAGCUAAAAUUGAAUUUAUGUGUAGACUCUAUGUUAAUUGCAUAUAAAAACAUUUCUGUAGUAAGUGCCUACAUAUUUAUUACUUAAAGGUACUAAACAAAAUAUUGACUAAAUAACUUCACCCACAUGUACUACUGAUGUAGGAGAUAUAUUUAAAGAAAAGUAUAUACUUCCUGUUCCUGUAUUUUUAUGUUAUUUACAAGUAAGUAUAUUAAGAGUAUUAAGUAACUCAGUUUUUAUUUUUAUUUUUUAGGAUAGAAUUUAGAAUACAUUACACAUUCUUGGGGUUAUAUAAUAAUAUAGUAAUGACUAUAUUUUUACUUCAGCUUUAGUAAUAAAGUGGAAUCACUGGACCAAGGGUUAAAAUGACCUGAAUUCCAGUGUGGUUUUGCCUUUGUGUUCUUAUUUGUAAAAUAUGGCUCAUUUGUAAACAAUAUUAUUGAUAAUAAUUAGAGGAAAUAUAUAUGCAAUCAAAGAGAUUUAUAAAAUUACUUGAAAUUUUCACCCAUACUGUAUUCAUGUU